AUGAAUCGUGAGUCCCUGCUAAGCUAAUAUUGAUAUUAUCAAGCAAAGGUUUUUAGCUAAACCCAUUUUUUGUGUGUGUUUCAGAUACCCAAGACCCAGAGCUGAAGAUAGUGAUGAUUGGACGGAGUAGAGUGGGAAAGAGUGCAACAGGAAACACCAUCCUGGGGCGAAAGGCUUUUAAGUCUUUCAUGUCCAAUUCCCCUGUGACGCAGGAGAUCAAGAUAGAAAAAGGAGAGUUGGAGGAGCAGAAUCUGGCUGUUAUUGAUACCCCUGGUCUGUUUGGGAACAACUCAUCUGACACUUUUGACGAAGCAGCCCCACAGAGGGUGAUGGAGGGGAUCAAGCAGUGCCCGCAGCUCGCGUCACCUGGCCCAGUUGUGUUCCUGGUGGUGCUCCAGCCUGGUAGAUUCACAGAGCCUGAGCAGCAAGCAGUGAAACUAAUCCAGAAGAGCUUUGGCAGGGAGGCAGCACAUUACACCAUGGCUUUGUUCACUCGAGGCGAUGAUCUUAAGAGAGAAGGAGGGUCCAUCGAGGAGUUAAUUGGAGCGAAUCAAGUGCUGCGUGACUUCAUCAGGGAGUGUCGUGGGGGCUACCAUGUGUUUGACAAUGGAGAGAAAGAUUUCCCUCAAGUUACUGAGCUGUUGAGGAAGAUCAAUGCCACUGUGCAGAGAAAUGGAGGGGGCACUGUUGAAUUGUCCCAUGAAGGUGAGGGAGACCCCCAUGGAGGAAACAUUGGAAGAAACAUAACUGAAACAGAGAAAGCGUUACUCUUAGCCUGCCUUGAUGGCGCUUUGGGGGGUGCGACUUCAUUUUUAAUAUUAAGCAGUGUUUUUCGUUUGUGGCCAAGAAUUGUUUUAUCAUGGGCUAUAAAAAGAGGUAUGGUUGGUGCACUUGGAGGUGCAGCACGCUUUGUGGUUUGUAGACUGAUCUGGAGAAGCUGAAAGAAGUUAAAAAGCCUCCUCAGCUGCAUGACUGCAGUGUAGUCUGAAAGCGCAAGUUUCCAUUGCCCUCUAAAUUCUGUAUGUUAUCAAUGUCCUCAAAAAUUGUGCUUCAUAUGUUUAUGUAAUCGUCUACUGGUGAAAAAAUCUCAAUUAAAAUAGUGAACCACACAGUGUUCAGGUGCUGAAACAUUUGAUUGUGUUGGUAGGGUGCAGACAGAGCAUGUUUGACGAUAACAAAAGAUCUACAAAUAUAUUAUUUCAGUUCAAAAAGAAAACAUGAGCUAUAAAAUGUAAACUAUAAGGAUUACUAACAUGUUGUAAAGUGUAUUGUGGUACUUUUUCUUCUCUGUAAAGGUGUUGAUUUAGCCAAAGCCAAGUGGUUUUGAGGAAUAAAGUUGUCAAAGGCUUUCCUGUCUGUGGUUGUGUGAUAUCAUUUUGAAAUUUUGUAGUUUGUCAAGUUUUAAUAGUCUCUUUUCUUUGUCUGACUGUGCCGAAUUCCAGUUUUGCUGAUCUGAGACAAUAAUACUGUAGGCAGUCUUCAGGCACAGUAGCAGGUAGGUCCAUUAGGUUUAUACAAUGUAAUGUUAUUACUGAUAUGUAGUCAAACUUGAUACUAAAAGUCAGAAUACUCAUGAGGUCAGCAAAACUACUUCAGGAACAAAGUUGAGAAAAAAAAAAAGUUGAGAUGUCCAACACUUGGGGAGUGUAGCAGCGACACACCAUUUGUUUGAGUGUAUUUUCCACAGGACUUUUCAAAAUCUUACGCUGAUGGUUAAGUAGAUCUUAGCAGUGACGGCUGGGGCGCUUCAGAGUGGUUAGAUGUAGUAAAUAUAUCAGGGGCUCACUACAAUCCUUACAGGGUUAUUUCACCAAUCACUUCUACUUAAAUUCAAUUCUAUAAAAAAUGUAACACCUUUAUGUUCUUUCUAAUUCAAAGCUCCUCUGA